GUCGCAACAAUUAACAAUCCGAAAAUCAGAGACGUCUCGGAAAGAAAUUAGCACCGUCGCCAAUUCGACAAAGAGGUAAUCGCGGGUCCGAACACACCUUUUUCAUACGCAAACAAGAAACACCUGCGACAUCCCGAUUCAUUGCCAAUAUGGCUACGGCUGGAGAACCUUUCUACAUCCGAUACUACUCGGGUCACUCUGGUCGAUUCGGUCAUGAAUUCCUUGAGUUCGACUUCCGAGUCGUCGGCGACGGCAGAAGCGCCGUGGCGCGAUACGCCAACAACUCGAACUACCGAAACGACAGUCUGAUCCGCAAAGAGAUGUGCGUCAGUUCGCUGGUGGUGGACGAGAUCAAGCGCAUUGUCAAGACGAGCGAGAUCAUGAAAGAAGAUGACGCGAAGUGGCCUCAGAAGAACAAGGACGGACGACAGGAGCUGGAGAUCCGACUGGGUAAUGACCAUAUAUCCUUCGAGACAGCAAAGAUUGGAUCACUCAUCGAUGUGACCGAGUCGGCAGACCCUGAAGGACUAAGAGUGUUCUACUAUCUAGUGCAGGACCUCAAGGCGCUCGUCUUCAGCUUAACGUCACUCCAUUUCAAGAUCAAGCCCAUCUCGUGAGGAGAAAGGGAAGGGAGAUGCGCAGAUGCGUAAAUUUAUGAUCAUCAUUAUGUACACUCGGAGUACGGCCUUGACCUCCUAACUGCAAUAUACCCCCUGGUCGCAAAGUCGUGAAAUGCCACUAUUCUCGUCAUGAACAUCAUGUCCCCGAAUCGGAGACAGUUAGGGUUAAAUCUCCAUCUGAUAGACUUUUCCCGAUUUCGAUUUCCGU